AUUAAUAUGAAAUAUCUUUGUCUUGUAAUUCCUAGCUGUCACAUCACAUCGUGCCUUUGUACAAAGUAGUAACUUACUGACAAAGUGUAGUUUAUUCAUUCUUCUUAGACUUGUGUUGACUAUUGUUUACUUACAGUCUAAUGGCGUUACGAAAUGUAAGGGUUGUCGAACUAAUCGGACUUGCUCCUGGACCAUUUUGUGGCAAGAUUUUAGCAGACUUUGGAGCUACGGUUAAUGUUAUUCAUAGAGUGGAAGGGUCACCCCUUGAUAUUAUGUCAAAUGGAAAAAGAUUGAUCUCUGUCAAUUUAAAAGCAAAAGAAGGCAAAGAUAUCAUCAAAAAAUUAUGUAAAAAUAGUGAUGUAUUAAUUGAUACAUAUCGACCUGGAGUUUUAGAAAAACUAGGCUUAGGACCAGAAGUUUUGCUAAAUGAAAAUAAGAGAUUAAUAUAUGCGAGACUAUCUGGCUUUGGUCAAGAUGGAUGUUAUAAGAAUAAAGCUGGGCAUGACAUAAAUUAUUCAGCUAUGUCUGGGGUCCUUUCAAUGCUGGCAAAAAAUAAAGAACCACCCAGUCCUCCUAUUAACAUUCUAGCUGAUUUUGCAGGAGGCAGUUUACUGUGUGCACUUGGUAUAGUUAUUGCACUAUUUGAACGAAAUCAAUCUAACAAAGGUCAAGUUAUAGACUGCAGUAUGACAGAAGGUGCCGCAUACAUUGCCAGUUGGCUUUUCAAAUCCAGAAUUUUUAGUUUUAUGAAUCAAGAACCAGGCUGUAAUGUUUUGGAUGGAGGAGCUGCUUUUUAUAAAACAUAUAAAACUAAAGAUGGCAAAUUUAUGGCAGUAGGUGCAAUAGAAACACAAUUUUAUUCACAAUUCUUAAAUGCUUUACAAUUAAGUGAGGAAACCUAUAGUCAAUACAGUGAUCAAAACAUGUGCAAAAAGAAAUUUGAAGAAAUAUUUCUAACAAAAACUCAAAGUGAAUGGAGUGAAAUAUUUAAAAAUUUAGACGCAUGUGUUACACCAGUGAUUGAUUUUAAUAUUGUAGAUAAGCAUGAGCUUAGUCUUUCAAGAAGUUCUUUUUAUAGGGAUAAUAAUAAUUUAGUAACACCUGAACCAGCUCCAAGAUUAUCAAGAACACCUGCUUUUUCUAGUGGCAAAAAAGAAACACCAGAUCAUGGUCAACACACACUAGAGAUUCUGAAAGAACUUGGUUACACCGACACUGAGAUUGAUGACUUAAUAAAAAAUGGCAUAAUAUUUGCUAAAACUAAGUCAAAAAUAUAAUGUUCAAUAUAAAUGGGGUGGGGUUCUUAUUUUUUUAGAAACCUAAAAAGUUCUAAUGUUUAAUACAUUAAGGAUAACUAAAAACUAAGAAUUUCGGAAAAAAUACAAGGUAUCAUCAUCAUAAAAAUCUAUUAUGUAAAAUUAAGAACAAAUGAAUUAGAUAGAUUGUUUUUGAUAAAAAAUUUUGAGGGUCAAGGCGAGCAGGACAUUCAGCUGAUGGUAAUUGAUACAUCCUGCCGAUUACAAUGUAGUGCCACUCAGGAUUCUUGAAAUACCCAAAAAUUCUAAACAGCACUACAACUGUGCUUGUCAUCUUGAGAAAUAAGAUGUCAAGUCUUCAUUUGACCAGUAAUUUAUUGUAAAGUAAUAAUGGAUGAAGAAUUUUUUUUCACCAAUUAAAUAAGCCUAUAUAAAGAUUAAGGAAUAUUAUGUAAUACUACUAAAACAUUGUAACCAGAAGAACAAAACACAUCAUGUUUAUUGUACAACUUGUAAAAUAUUUUCUUUCGUAUUUAAUAAUUGUAAUAUGAGACUUCGGGGCAGGUUUUUAUUUACAAAAAUGGGGUGGUCUUCAAUUAGAUAAAUGACUUUAAGAAUAGAUUGUAAAUCAAACUUUAUAUGAUUCAUACCAAAUAUAAAUUUUUUAAACAAAUAAAAGUUUUCACCUUGAA